AUGGCUUCCUUGGAGCUGCUGAAUGCCGUGCGGCGAAUGCGCACGGCGGCGGUGGGCAUUCCCAUGGAGGAGGGAUAUAUGACUGGAGCAAACAUCAAAGCCUGGCUGGGAGGCCACCUUCAGUCCAAGCACGCCAGCAAGGCUCUUCUUAAGGAGCUCGCUCGUCAUGAAAUUUUGUGCCGGAAAGAUGGAAAGCGCUUCAAGGGUGCACUUCGCAAACAUGCCUUAUAUUGUUGGCACCCAGACUACCACGACCUUCUUGCUGGGGAGGACGAAGAUGCGCCUACCGCCGACACCACCGGUGUGCGCCCAAUGGCAAGUAGCGCAAACGUCUCCUGGCACAGCAAGCAAGCGCUCGACACCCGGGCUUGCUCGCCAUCAGCUUGCUCCAAAGGUUCAACCUCCAUGCAGCAGACAUCCAGUCGCUGUUUGAGCCCACGUUCACCGCACCAGAACUCGCUCAGCUUCCACAGCAUUCAGCAGCGUUCCGUGUCCCGCCUACAAAUUGGCUCUCCAAGUGCACCCGCGCCCCUCUCGCGUCAAACCUCCUGCCACGAUCGCCCCAUCCCCAUCCCCGAGAGCCCCGAGGCCGAGGAUGAAAACAGUCCUAAACGAUCCGCUCGGACACGCAAUGUGAUGAGUUUGGACCAGGAUUUAAGCAAGCAAGCAUCCUCAUCGGUCUCAAGCGGGCGUGUAGCAUCCGCCGCCAACCACCAGAGGUCCAAACCACGUGUUUCCUUUGACACGGCAACAGCUCACCAGCUGAACAAUGUGAUGCAAGGGGCGGCCGACCUGUAUGUUCGUGCUGCAACAAGUCAAAGGCCACGCUGA